AUACCUUUCAACGUCUACUUAAGGUAAAAGACUCUAAUUGGGUUAACAUGAAAAAUAAAAGCAGUGUGAAAUACAAAUAAUCUUGGCAUGUUCUUUUUGAAUUACAUGAUCCAAGUAAUUUAGUUGUGGUGGGAAUUCAAUGACUUUACAACAAUUAGUUGAAUUAGUUCAAGAAAGUUUGACUUAUAUACUGAUGAAACAAACAGUGACAUAACAUAAGACAUGAGCUGGGAUGCAACAUCAUGUGAACCGUUCUUUACAACAGAGUACAUGAAAUCAGUUAAAGUAGAAAUUUUGAAUACAAAAAAAAAAAAACACAACAUAUGAUAGUACAAUCAAAUAUCAGUAAUUAGUAAUGUCACUUUUGCCUCUGUGCACAUAAGUUUACUAUGAGAGAAAAUUAGUGACCUUAGCUUAAUUAAAUGUUUGUGUAUAGAUUAUAUAAAAACUAAAAAAGAGAGAAAGGAAAAAAAUGUAUAAAUCACUGCACCCUCACUUACUAGCCCACAAAACCAACCUACAUUCCCAAAUACUUCUUCAUUUACUUUGUUGUUAACCUUCUUCCUCCACUUUUUCCCUCCUUUUUGCUCCUUCACCCCUCCAACUCUCUUCUGCACCCCCACCUGAUUUUUGCUUUUUUCUCUAUCAGGACCACACACACACUCUACCACUAUACCAAUAUAUAUAUACUUUUAGUUGAACUUGAAUCAUUAGCCCAAAAACACCUUCCCUUUUCUCUUUCAUUCAUUCAAAGGAACUAACAACUCCACAUUCAACAAAAACUAAGAUUCAACCGUCGCUUUGCUUUGAUCAUAUGGUAGUGAAAAAGAGGCAUUGCUGCCACGAUCUAUUGAGAUUUUACCAUUGAAAAAGGAGUGUCACAUAAGAAGAAGUAGAACAAUAGGAUUAAAGAUGGAAAGGAGUGUAUGUUACUAUGUAAUAUUUCUCAUGCUGAGUCAAAUCCUAUAUUCAGGCUCAAGUAGGACAGAAAAGGAAGCACAAAGACAUGUUAUUAAUGUACUAAGACAUGAAGAGAAACAACAAUUUACUGACACAAUUUCUAGUGUCCAAAAAGACAUUACUACUCCAAUUACUACAAUUCCAAACUUAGUACCAACAAUUCCAACACCUCCAUUUUUCAAUCCUAAUUCCAAUCCAGAUACAGUUUCUCCAACUUCCACACUUCCAAUUACAAAUCCAAACACAAUGAAUUCUCCUCCAAUCUCUUCAGGCUUCAGUUGGUGUGUUGCAAGUCCAAGUGCAUCACAAAUUUCAUUACAAGUUGCAUUGGACUAUGCUUGUGGAUAUGGUGGCACUGAUUGUUCACCAAUUCAACCUGGUGGAAACUGUUACAAUCCAAAUUCUAUACAUGAUCAUGCUUCUUAUGCAUUCAAUAAGUAUUAUCAAAAGAAUCCUCUUCCAAAUAGUUGUAAUUUUGGUGGAACUGCUGUUAUCUCUAGCACUAAUCCAAGCAGUGGAACAUGUCAAUAUCCAUCUACAAGUAUAAGUUCAUCAAUGUUGAACACGACAAACUCAAGUGGUGCCAACGUCUUUGGUUCAGUGCCAGUGCCUACCAAUCCCUCUCCCUCUGCUUCCCCUGACACAUUAAAUAUUAAUACUUUUGCAUAUUUUUAUUUCAUUCUUUCACUAAUAUCAUUUUUGGAAAUUCAUUUUUCCAAAAUUACUAUCAAUUUUGAAAAAUACUAUGGAUGAGACCUUGUUUUUGCUUCUUUUAUGGAUUAUUAUAUUUUUUUGGAGACUGAAAAA